GAAGAGUUCUCGAUCCUUGUGAAAUCAACUGCUGUUCUUCGACGCCGCACACAUCACCAAAAUGAAGCUCAUGCUGGGACUGUUGGGGUUGGUUUGUCUGAUGGCUGUGGCCCUGGGAGCAGGCAAGGAGGAAGAAGACCUCUUCGCUGCUGAGUCUGCCAAUCGAGGAUUCGGCCAUGGAGGAUACGGUGGUUAUGGGGGAUAUGGAGGCUAUGGAGGCCUGGGGGGCUUUGGAGGUUAUGGAGGCUACGGUGGCGGCUAUGGAGGCAAGAUGAUGAUGAAGAGGUACGGAGGAGGAUUCGGAGGGUUCGGACAUCAUCGUCCACAUCAUUUUGGCUGA